AUGAUGAUAAUAAUAACUGACGCCUGCCUGUUCGAACUUCGCAGCAUCCCGACCCGCUCCCCGGUUCCUGUCGUUGUCGACUUGGGUACGGCACCUUACGGCACCCAAGGCGUAGACGCAGCGGCGCUGCGACGUCCCGGAUCCUGGAUCCGGGUGGAGAAGCCUCGCCUCUUCAAAGAUGAGAGGAGAGCGGUCGUGCCACCCGUACUACUCAGGAGUCAGCUCGACAGUCCUGGCAUUCUC